UGACAGGUGCUUUGCCUUCACAUUCAAAUCCCUUUUCCUUCUUUUAGGUUUAAGCCUUAGAUCUGGCUUGCUGUCAGAUGCGCCAAUCCUUCUUCUCUUAACUUUCAAUCGCAGUGUCGCUUUUGGUCUGCCCCAUUUGUCUUCAUUAACGCCACCUCAUCCCUGCCCGCCUUUUCGAGCUUCGCAACAGCACGACAAAAUGCCUUCCAAAAAGCUCCCUACAUUUACGCUCGCCGAAGUCGAGGCACACAACACGGGGAAAUCCUGCUAUGUCACUAUCGGCACCAAGGUCUACGAUGUCACCGAAUUCCUGCCCGACCACCCCGGUGGUGACCAGCUCAUCGUCGACUACGCUGGCAAGGACAUCGAGGACAUUAUGAAGGACAGUGUUUCGCACACACACACUGAGGCUGCGUACGAGAUUCUUGACGAGGAUUUUCUUGUUGGCCUUGUCGUUUCUGAGAAGAACGAGGCCGCCGAUGAAAAUGACACAGCCAAUGGCACGGCCAAUGGUACGGCAAAUGGCCAGCCGUAUGUGCACCCAAGAACGGGCAUGGCUACCGAAGAGGAUCUCAGUAAAGACACGGACUAUUCACAGGAUUACAAGAAACACAAGUUUUUGGACCUAGGCAAGCCCCUGUUUCCCCAGCUCUGGUACGGAAACUUCUCCAAGAGGUUUUAUCUCGAUCAAGUGCACCGUCCACGCCACUACAAGGGUGGCCAGUCUGCUCCCCUCUUUGGAAACUUCCUGGAACCUCUUUCGAAAACCCCGUGGUGGGUGAUUCCAAUGCUCUGGCUUCCCUGUGACGCAUACGGUUCAUUUGUGGCCUUCCAAGGUUUCGAAAACCCCAUCUUUUUUGCCGCAUACUGGAUCCUUGGCUUCUUUAUUUGGAGCCUCGUGGAAUACGGUCUGCAUAGAUUCUUGUUCCAUCUUGACGACUACCUUCCUGACAACCGAUAUGGCAUUAUUGCGCACUUCUUGCUCCACGGCAUUCACCACUACCUGCCAAUGGACAAGUACAGACUGGUCAUGCCCCCAACCAUGUUCUUGAUCCUUGCAACUCCCUUUUGGUAUCUCGCUCAUACCAUUUUCGCCUACAACUGGUUUGCCGCAACCUCAGUCUACUGCGGCGGAAUUUUCGGUUACAUCUGCUACGACAUGACCCACUACUUCCUUCACCACGAGAAUCUGCCUCUCUGGUAUAAGGAGCUCAAGAAGUACCACCUGGAGCACCACUUCCUCGAAUACGAGCUUGGCUUCGGUGUUACCACCAAGUUCUGGGACAAUGUCUUUGGCACAACGCUGAAGCCCAACGUUGUCAAGACCCAGUAAAUUCUAAGUGAGGCACGUACAUAUGUACCUACUUUUGCGAGCCCCUUUCAUGAGGGUUCAUGCUACAAAAUCCGUUCUUUUCUCCAAUCCUUUUGGCUCUGUUUCGUAUGGGAUGGGGCAGGCUUUGGUUAACAUGAAAUUUGAGAGUAUUCAUUAUUACGAACAUGGGCAGAUGUUUUCACGAGGUUGCUAUGAGCAUGGGGAGAGGCAAAGUUUCUAAUGGCUGCUGAUACGGGUUACGGAUGAAUAUGGAGAUUCACGAAGAUGGGGUCUAAUGGCGACACUAAAAAUAACGAAUGUGGACUUGUAGAUAUCAUUACACACUUUUAAUUCCAUGACUACAUAAUACUGUUACUAUGAAAAUGUUAGUUAUCACUAAUACAUAUCGUCUAAUAUGU